GCACCCUUUCUUGCGCAGGCUGCGGCGAUGCUGGUGGUGUUGUCGGAGGCGCAGAGGGCGGAUCUGGAGUGUUUGCCGCGGGCGGGCGCCGCAGCUGUCGGCGAGCUGGGGCGCCUGGCGGUGGAGCUGCUGCGGCGGGGCGCGGCGCCGCGGGCCUACGAGGCGGCCGCCAGAAAACUUAACGUCGACGUUGACACCAUUCAGCAUGGAGUGGAAGGACUGACAUACCUUCUCACUGAAAGUUCCAAAGUUAUGAUUUCUGAGACAGACUUCCAAGAUUCCAUUCAUGUUCUGGGAUUCUCAGAUGAACUGAACAAGUUGCUGCUCCAGCUGUACCUCGAUAACAGGAAAGAGAUCAGGAAUGUUCUGGGUGAGCUGGCACCAAGGCUUCCCAGCUACCACAACCUUGAGUGGAGACUGGACGUGCAGCUUGCAAGCAGGAGUUUGAGACAACAGAUCAAGCCUGCUGUGACUGUAAAGCUACACCUUAAUGAGAACGGCGAUGAGACUGCCCACGUGUUGCAGACGGACCCUUCCACCCUACUGCACCUAAUCCAGGAGCUGGAGCAGGCACUGGGGGAAAUGAAAACAAAUCAUUGCAGGAGAAUAGUGCGCAACAUGAAAUAGGAGUGUUCAGUGGUCACCAUCUUACUGAACAGUUUGUGAAAUCACUGAAAACAGUGUUCACAAAUAGAUUUUGAAGAAAAAUAAACAUCUGGAUCAGAUGAAAUGCUGUCCUGUGCCAGGAUCUUGAACCAGUAAUAAUUAUAGGCUAAAUGUCCUCUGGGUGCUAACCUGGCACACCUGCCUGAUAGGAGACAGGUAAUUGGUUUUGCUUUACUUGCAAAUGUAGAAAUGCAGUGUGCUAUACUGAGAAUUUCUUAGCUCUAAAUUAGUAUUCCACUUGAAGAGCUCUCCUACAUUAAGCAGAGCUGUCCCAAUAUUAUAUGAUGCACAUUUAUUUUUACAUUUGUCAAGUAUCUUUUUCCCUUGGUUUUGCUUGUGAAGUUAAUAAAAUAAAAAACUCACAAAACUAUACUGGUGGAAAUGGUCCUUAACCACUUCCAUCUAAAAAGGUUCCUCCAUCUAGACCCAUGUACAUGCAGGAGUCAAUGUGGGACUGCUGCCAUCUUCCUGCAGAAGAUUCAGUCAAUUUGGAGGCUGGACAUUACAUUGCUUUUCUGCCCUUCUAAGUAAGUAUGACCAGGGUAGUCCACUCUAACACAGUCAGCUGUAACCCCUGCUUAGGCAGCCUCAGCUUUCUGCAGGGAGCAGUUGCCACAGACAACCCCAUGCCCUAGAUGUGAGGUAGCAUAUACUGGUUAGAGGUAAAAGGUGAUCUGAGAAAUGGCAGAAGCAAAACUGCAGGCUGGGAGGCAGGUUAAUAGUACUAACUUUUGCUGAAUCGGAUCUUGUGUUGAGAUGCAAUCAUUUUAUUCCCUUUGCUUGGGUAGUAUGCUCACAAAGGAAAGGCUAGCCAAGUAUUGCAAUGUAAAUGAUGCUUUUCCAUUUUCAAGAAAGAAGUCUUAAAGGUUAUAUCAAAAAUAAUUUUUCAGUUGUAAUUUAAUGCAAAUAUUUGUAGCUUCUGGGACUAAGGUUAAAUAUUUUUCCUAAUGUUAUACUGUCACUAGUGAGGGUGCAUCAUAAAGCUAUUGAAGAGGACAGAUGGGCAAGAGGGAACUGUAACACACAGAUCUUGGCUAUAGCUGUGCGUUUACUGUCUGUCAUGGCAACACCACAAAUGUCUGCAUUGACUGGGUCUUUAUAGUCCCAAAUGCAUUGUUUUCUUGUUGGUUUGAAUGUUUGGACCUCUGAGAGCUAUUGUUCCCAAAAUUCUGCCUGGCAAAAGUGCUUUAAUCAGUAACAUUCACUUAAAGAGGCCAGUUUCCUGGAACAGGGAGUUGCUUUUUUGUAAUUACUUUGUGUAGUGUGAUGAUUGUGCGAACAAACUUCAUUUCCUCUCCUGUAUGCAAGUCAGUAACGGGUUUCAUUUACCAUUCAUAUGUGGUGACUUUUUUCACAGUCACAAAAUUUUCUUCACAUGUAGUAUGUGGUACUUAAAAGUAAUUAAGCGUUCCUACUUGGGAUUUCCGAUUGGUACUUCUUUUUUUUUUUUUUCAUUUCCAUGUAAUUGGUCUACAUUUUCAGGUGAAAUACAGAACAGCUUAUAUGUAGGCCAGGUUUUUCUCUUUAUUCCAGCUUCUCACUGUAGCUGUAGUUUAGGACUUCAGCAAAAUAGAAGUUUUGGAUAGCAGUCCUAGAAGCUUUUUGUGUCUUAGAAAGUUCAGUGACUUUUUUUCCAAAGUGACUAAUCAAAGUCAAUCUGUAGGCAGUGCAACAUUGUAACCUUGAAGCAGCUUACAAACGUCAGUUAAGUUCCGAGUGUAUUACAUUACUGCUUCACCUAUAACAUCUUUUGAAUAUGGAGUAUAAUAUUUUGACCCUGAUGUAGAACGUCUGUUUUGUUUCGUUUGAGAUUUAAUGUCGUUUUGCAGAGCUGCCCUUCCUGUGGGUGUCAGUAUGGUCUCAGUUUACAGAGUCAGCAACUUGUGAGUGGCUCUCUGGCACCUUCUUCAUGGAGCACUAAAUUCAGGCGAACAUCAUGCCAGUGCAGAGUCUAAGUGCACAGAACAACUAAACAUCUAACUAGUUCAAGUACCAACUGGAUUAUUUUCUCAAAAGCAAAGUUAGGCUCAGCCUUAGCUAUACAUGUCUCAACAGAUUUGUAUCCCAGUUUAUUUUUCCUGGUCUAAACAGCAGGGGGCAGAAAGUUUGUUUUUUAUAGUCUACAAAGGAGAUGUUCGGCUGUGUAAUCAUUUCGGUGUUUUGUCUUGCAGUAAGAAUUAUUUGUCUCAAUACUUAGAUUGGGAUGUAUUUCACUUUAUAUUUUUUGAAUUCAUGAUUAAUUUUAAACUGAAAACAAUAGAACUUACAGUUUUCAAUAACUAAAGCAUUCUUUCUUGAUCUGCUAAUGAAUUUGCUAAGCCACUUAGCUAAGAACAUAAUAUAACCCCCAGUUCUUAAAGCUCAGGAUAACAUAAUUUGUUUGGUGUUGAAAAAUGCUUGUAUUCUUUAAGCACUAAGUAAAUUCAAGAGGCAACACUUUUCUUCCUCCUGCUCUGGUUUUUAAUCCUCUGAAUGAACUCAUAUAAUCACUGCCUAUUUUGUAAAAUCUAUCGUUUAAGUCUCUGACCCAGGUUUGAAUCAGUUCUUCAUCUCUGAAGUGUAUUUAGGAUCUUCUGUAAGGUUUAUUUUCUUGCACUUUUUCUUGUCCCUGCCACGCUUUCUCAGGAGUUUUUAAUGUACUGGACCAAGUAUUUUUUCACCUGGCUGAUUAAUUAGAUGUUCUUUGAAUUAUGUGUGGAAAGCUGUUUUCAUCUAAACAGCGAUAGAGUUAAUUUAGAUCUACACAUACAUAAAUAAAAUCAAUACCUGAACUUUG